GCAAUGCGGGCGUCUAAAAGCCGUUGAGCUGCGAAAGCGUAAACACCCACAGGGCGCUCCCGAGCCGACGCUCUGACCCACCCACCGGCGAGCGCCGCCCCGGGAUGGGAGGUGGCUGCGCCCCGGGCCUCUGCGCGCUGACCCUUGCCUCCCGCGCCGGGCUCGCUUGAGAGGCGCGCCCAUCCACGGCGGCCUCCGGAGCAAGGCUCGGGGAGCCGCGGGGCAGCCAUGGCGGAGCCCGAGGCCGCGGCCGAGGAGGUGGACGCCCUCAUCGACGACCUGGACUACCUCCCCGGCCACUUCCACCUGGAGAUGCAGCUGAACUUCGAGCCGCGCUCGCCGGCCUCGCUCCACGCCCGGGACCUGAAGCUGCAGCGGGACGGCCUGCGGCAGGAGCUGGCGCUGACGGCUGCCACGCAGCGCCCCGCCGUGCGCCACCUCCUGGGCGCCUUCGCCUUCUACCUGGAGGAGCUGGAUGAGGCCCGCGAGAGCUUCCUCGAGGUGGCCCGCGAGGACCCGGGCAACCUCAACGCCUGGGCCAAUCUGGUGCACGUGUACGGGCGGCUGGGGCAGAAGGAAGAGGAGGAGGCGUGCGCCGAGCGGCUGGCCGGCCUCAUGGGCCUGGCGGGGGACCGCGGGGCCGCCGGGGACCCCCCGCUCCGCGCCGCGCGCUGCCUGGCCGAGCAGGGCUACGCGCACGGCUUCGACGUGGGCUGCGCCAGCCCAGAGGAGCGGGCGCGCGUGCUGGAGGCCGGCAUCGAGCUCUAUGACAAGGCGCUGGGCCACGCGCAGCAGAUCCCGAACGAGGAAAAAAGGGGCUGGUACUUCACCAUGGCAACGCUUUUCAUCAGGUUAGAUGGCAUCUUCCUGGAGCUGGGCAGCGAGGAGCAGAAGAGGUUGCCAGCCUUCAACCGCACGCUGGCCCUGCUCCGGCAAGUCCUCAAGUCGUCGGAACCCCACCACCAAGCUCUGGCCUGGUGCUACCUCGGGAUGCUGCUGGAGAGGAAGGACACCUUCUCCAUCACCCCCAUGGGCAUCCAUGACUGCGGGUUUUCAGGGACCGACCCCCUGGACUGCUUUGGCAAGGCCAUUGAGAUUGCCAAGGACCAACCCCCCAUCCUGAAUCACCUGGCCAAAAUCUUCCACUUCCUCGGAAAGCAGGAUAUGGCCAUGGGUACCUGCAACAUGGCCCUGGACACCCUACGAGAUCCGGAGCUCAACUGGCAGGCGUACUGCACAAGGGCCAAGGAUAGAAAAGAGGGCAAGGGUCCUUGCUUGAGCAUCUUCCCUGAGCUGACUCUCUGUGGGCAGAUCCACGUCAGAGCCUACCUGCAUGACCUGGAGCGAAGCAAGAUGGGGCUCGGGGGCAUGCCUGACAGGAACCACCUGGCCUGCGCCAAGGCCGACCUCGAGGAGGUGGUCAAGGUGUGCCCAGGCCUCAAGACCUACCUGAACAUCGGCCAGGUCUACUACUACAUGGGCGUGGACGCUGUGCAGGAGCAGCUGGCGGUGGACGAGGCGGCGCUGAACCAGGCGCUGGUCUUCCUGGCCAAGGCCGGCGAGUCGGAGCUGGGCGCCACGCUGCCCGAGCUGCAGCUGUUGCGCGGCAAGUGCCUGCGCAUCAAAGGCGAGGAGGCCAACGCGGCGGCCUGCUUCAAGCGCGCCGUGGAGCUGGACGACGCGGGCUCCAGCCACACCGAGGGCUUCGGCUGCCUGCUCGAGGCGCUGCUGGCGCAGUGGAGCCAGGCGCAGCUCAGCGACGGCGAGCUGGGCAGCGAGGUGGACGCGUGGCUGCGCUGCGCCCAGGACAAGUACCCGGCGGCGCGCCUGCGCCAGGAGCUGCAGCGCGUGUGGCGCGGCCACACGGGCGAGGUGCUGGGGCUGGCCCGGGCCUUAGUGGUGCAGGGACGGCCGGCGCUGGUGCGGCUCCUCUUCGAGACCAUGCAGCGCGAGGGCACGGGCCCACGGAGGGGCCACUGCGCGUUCUCCUUCGAAGGUCCCUGAGGCCCCGCCCCGUUGAGGCCCCGCCUAUAAGUGAUUGGACCUGGUCGGGGCGCUGCACAUCGGCUUUCACUGCCGUAAGCUGGCGGGUUCGGGGAACCCGUCAGAUUCUCUUUCGGGAAUUGGAAUGGAAACGUUAGGACCCUAGGACGGUUUGACGUGCCUACGGAGGCAAAAGGGCCUGAUUCAGCUGGGGCAGACGCGAGGGGCCACUGGGAAACUGAAUUAAAGGACCAAAUUGUACAAAUAUGCGGAAAAAAUAAUAUGGAGCCUCCCAAGAGAUACAGAAGAUAAUUGCCUCCAUUUUGGUGGCUUUCUAGUACCCAAGAGCCUGUCUUUGGAUUCCGUGAGCCACGCUCUAUCCUUAUAAUAAGGCCCCCUUUACUUAGGUUGACUGGAGUAGGUCUCAGGUCCUGCCUCCAGGGAAGCCGUGGCUAGAGAAGAGGGCACAGCUGCUAAGGAGCAAGUAAGGGAAGGGCGGUAGUCUACACCUGGCUGCUCAGGGCUCUUUCCUGCCUCUCUAGCAGCCUUGCAGCAGGCCUCAUCCUUGGCCAGCUUGGUCUGAAAGGCCCUCGAACUCCCUGAAAUAAAGCCCAUCAGUAGUA